CUCAUUUACACCAGCCAGUAACAGUAAGAUAGACCUAUGUUGUUGCUUUACCAAUCUUUGACAACUUGAGAGGUUUUGCUCUUCAGUUGGUGCAGGGGUCUAUGUUCUUUCACAGUUCUUAGACUGGCAUACUUUCAAAACCCAAAAAUGGUGUCAAAAAGAGGUAUACCUUCAAGACACCAUUCUCUCAGCACCUAUGAGGUCCUGUUUGCAGCUCUCUUUGCCUUACUGGUGGCACUCUGUGCUGGAUUAUUUGCAGUGUCCUGGCUGGCAAUCAAGGGAUCAGAAAGAGAUGCAGUGUUUGGAAAAAGUCACAAAGCCAGAGGGACAUUGAAAAUAACAGCUGGAGCCAUGUAUAAUCCUAAUUUGCAAGACAAACUCUCAGCGGAUUUCAAAAUUCUUGCUUUUGACCUUCAGCAAAUGAUAGAUGAUGUCUUUCAAUCAAGUAAUCUGAAAAAUGAAUAUAAAAACUCAAGAAUUUUAAGAUUUGAAAAUGGCAGCAUUAUAGUUAUAUUUGACCUUUUCUUUGCCCAGUGGGUGUCAGAUGAAAAUGUAAAAGAAGAACUGAUUCAAGGCAUUGAAGCAAAUAAAUCCAGCCAACUGGUCACUUUCCAUAUUGAUUUAAACAGCAUUGAUAUCACAGCAUCUUUGGAGAAUUUCUCUACAGUAAUUCCUGCCACAACUUCAGGUAAGCUAACAACCGGCCGUCCUCUGGCAACUCCAGGAAAUGUCUCAAUAGAAUGCCUUCCUGGUUCUAGUCCUUGUGCUGAUGCUGUAAAGUGCAUAGCAAAUGAUUUAUUUUGUGAUGGAGAAAUUAACUGUCCAGAUGGCUCUGAUGAAGACAAUGACACUUGUGCCACAGCUUGUGAUGGCAGGUUUUUGUUGACUGGAACUUCUGGGUCCUUCCAGGCUGUUCAUUACCCAAAGCCUUCUAAAUCAAGUGUUGUUUGCCAGUGGAUUAUAUGUGUAAAUCAAGGACUCUCCAUUAAACUGAGCUUCGAUGACUUUAAUACAUAUUAUACAGAUGUAUUAAAUAUUUAUGAAGGUGUGGGUACAAACAAGAUUUUAAGAGCUUCUCUCUGGGAAACCAAUCCUGGCACAAUUAGGGUCUUUUCCAACCAGGUUACUGCCACCUUCCUUAUAGAAUCUGAUGAAAAUGAUUAUAUUGGAUUUACUGUGACAUAUACUGCAUUUAAUAGCACAGAGCUUAAUAAUUAUGAGAAAAUUAACUGUGAUUUUGAAGAUGGCUUUUGUUUCUGGGUCCAGGAUCUAAAUGAUGAUAACGAAUGGGAAAGGAUUCAGGGAAACACCUUUCCUCCUUUUACUGGACCAAAUUUCGACCAUACUUUUGGCAAUUAUUCAGGAUUUUACAUUUCCACCCCAACUGGACCAGGAGGGAGACGAGAAAGAGUAGGGCUCUUAAGUCUCCCUUUAGACCCCACUUUGGAACCAGUCUGCCUCAGUUUCUGGUAUUACAUGUAUGGUGAAAAUGUCUAUAAAUUAAGCAUUAAUAUCAGCAGUAACCAAAACAUGGAGAAGACAGUUUUCCAAAAGGAAGGAAAUUAUGGAGAAAAUUGGAAUUAUGGACAAGUAACAUUAAAUGAAACAGUGGAAUUUAAGGUUGCUUUUAAUGCUUUUAAAAACCAGUUCCUGAGUGAUAUAGCUUUGGAUGACAUUAGCCUAACAUAUGGGAUUUGCAAUGUGAGUCUUUAUCCAGAACCAACUUUGGUCCCAACUGCUCCACCAGAACUUCCUACGGACUGUGGAGGACCUCUUGAACUGUGGGAGCCAAAUACAACAUUCACUUCUAUGAACUUUCCAAACAGCUACCCUAAUAAGGCUUUUUGUAUUUGGAAUUUAAAUGCACAAAAGGGAAAGAAUAUACAACUUCAUUUUCAACAAUUUGACUUAGAAAAUAUUGCAGACGUAGUGGAAAUCAGAGAUGGUAGAGGAGAUGACUCUUUACUCUUAGCUGUGUACACAGGGCCUGGUCCAGUAAAGGAUGUGUUCUCAACCACCAGUAGAAUGACUGUGCUUUUCAUCACUGACGAUCUGUUGGCAAAAGGGGGAUUUAAAGCAAACUUCACUACUGGCUACUACCUGGGGAUUCCAGAGCCCUGCAAGGAAGACCAUUUUCAGUGUAAGAAUGGAGAAUGUAUUCCACUGGUGAAUCUCUGUGACGGUCAUCUACACUGUAAGGAUGGCUCGGAUGAAGCACAUUGCGUGCGUCUUUUUAAUGGCACCAGGAACAACAAUGGUUUGGUGCAGUUCAGAAUCCUGAGCACAUGGCAUGAAGCUUGUGCUGACAAUUGGACCACACAGAUUUCAAAUGAUGUCUGUCAGUUGCUGGGAUUAGGGAGUGGAAACUCAUCGAUGCCAAUCUUCUCUACUGGAAGUGGACCAUUUGUAAAAUUAAACACAGUUCCUAAUGGCAGCUUAAUACUAACACCAAGUAAACAGUGUUUACAGGAUUCACUGAUUCUGUUACAAUGUAACCAAAAACCAUGUGGGAAAAAACUAGUGACUCCACGAGUCAGCCCAAAGAUUGUUGGAGGAAAUAAUGCCAAAGAAGGAGCCUGGCCCUGGGUCGUCGCCCUUUAUUACAAUGGCCAACUGCUCUGUGGUGCAUCUCUCGUCAGCGACGACUGGCUGGUGUCGGCCGCCCACUGUGUGUAUGGGAGAAAUGUUGGGCCAUCUAAGUGGAAAGCAAUCCUAGGACUGCAGAUGACAUCGAAUCUGACUUCUCCUCACAUAGUAACUCGGUUGAUAGAUCAAAUUGUCAUAAACCCACAUUACAAUAAACGAAUAAAGGACAGUGACAUCGCCAUGAUGCAUCUGGAUUUUAAAGUGAACUACACAGAUUAUAUACAACCUAUUUGUUUACUGGAAGAAAAUCACGUUUUUCCUCCAGGAAGAAUUUGUUCCAUUGCUGGCUGGGGGAGGCUUAUACAUCAAGGUCCUACUGCAAACAUAUUACAAGAAGCUAAUGUUCCUCUUCUAUCAAACGAGAAAUGCCAGCAACAGAUGCCAGAAUAUAACAUUACAGAAAAUAUGGUCUGUGCAGGCUACGAAGAAGGAGGAAUAGAUUCUUGUCAGGGGGAUUCAGGAGGACCAUUGAUGUGCCAAGAAAACAACAGGUGGUUCCUGGCUGGUGUGACAUCAUUUGGAUACCAGUGCGCACGGCCUAAUCGUCCAGGGGUGUAUGCCCUGGCCCCGAGGUUCACAGAAUGGAUACGAAGUUUUCUGUAGAGUGUUUCCUAAACCAACAUGAAAGCCAUGUGGUUUUCCCAUUCCACUCUAAAGAGCAUGGGAAUUGAGAGUUUGACAAAAAAAGAUUGCUAAAAGGCUUUAUUCUUACCUAAGCCAUCGAAAUGCUGAGGAUUAAGGGUGAAGACAAAAAAAUAAUCUGUACCAUACAGAGUAACUUUUUCAUUGUGAACAGUUAAUCUUUCACAGAGAUUUUACAAUCUUUCCUUUGUGAUCAUUAUCUUUAUCAUACUCUUAUUUAAAGGAAUGCUAUGUUAAAGCAUAUACUGUAUUCUUAAAGUUUUGGCAAAAUUAAGAAAAGAAGUAAAAUAAACUAUUUUGCACAGUAUGUUAUUUUUUGAAGUAAACUGCUGUAAAUUAUCUAGUUCCACCUUGCUAUUUUCAGAAUCUCAGUAGUCUUCCUGAUUUUCUAUCUACAUGCAUUUCCAAUUUCCAAUUCAUCUUGAGCAUAUCCUUAAUAUUUUCCCCACUCAUAACAAAUAUGUACUUUAGGCUCAUGUCACAGACCUGGACUAAAUUGGUUACACAUUCCUCUCAAGAUAAUUAAACAGCAAACAAGUGCAAGUCUACAGAUCACCCCUGUAUCAAAAUAAAAAGGAAAUUAAAUGAAACUUCCAUUCUU